AUGAGUGAUCGAAAUCCAUUCCAUGGGGGCGGCAAUGAAGCCAUGCCCUGGGCAUUGGGCUUCGGCCUCGACAGCUCCCAACACAACGACUGCCCAGACAUGAAUACCGACUUCUUCUCGGAUCUGAUCAACCCCGACGGACUGGCGAACACUCAUCAUACCCAUUUACCUAUCGACCCAUCUGCGGAACCAUCGUCCUAUGUCUCGCCGAACCGCGACCCAGAGGCAUCCACAACUACCACGACUCCGAACAGCAUCCAGGAUACCGAACACGCGCUUCCAAGCGGUGUUUUUGAGCCGGAGCGUGAUGAGAUCAAGCAUACUCCGGCCACAGAGAGCACCAAUGGGGAUGUGGGUGAGCAAAAGCCCCGCGAGAAGAAGCGCCGUCGAAGUCGGAACUCGCCAGAACCCGAUUACUCCCAGAUAAUCCUGGAACUCAACAAGAAGCGGAAACGCACUGGACAGGCCUGUGAUCGGUGCAGGGUGCGCCGAUACAGGUGCGACCCAAGCCGCAAUGGAUGUGUCAAUUGCCGAGUCGCUGGCCGGAUGUGUGAAGUGACCGACUGCGUCACUGGAGAGACCUAUGUCCGCGGUGCUGCUGGCCGAAUGGCGGCCGAGGUUGACAGACUGAAGGCCCGCAUUGCUGAAUUGGAGCGCGAGAACGAUGAUCUCCAACGCAACACCAAGCCCUACUAUGGCUACAGACCUCCCAAUGCUCUCCCGGGCACUACAUUUGCAUCUGCCGCCAUUCUGCACCGACAGCAACAGCAGCGGCAAUAUCAAGGCAACUUGCAAGAGCAGCAAAUCAACCGUCAUCGGAUUGAGAAUACUAAGCUGCUGAAACGGGUUGCUAUCCUCAAGGGAAACCCCGAGACUCUCCAGAAGCAAAUUAAAGAAUAG